GCACGUCACUUCCUGCAUCUCCAAAACAAUAAAGUCAUCUGAGUUUUAUGCCACAUGUUCAAAUCCCAUUAUUUAACUGUGACAGUCUGAGCUGUCUUCAGUCUGAGCUGUCCGUGUUUAAGAUUCGCUGAGAACCGCAGAUUUCCACUUCCUCAUCCAGAACCACGCGAGGAGCAGCAGCAGGCUCUGGUCACAUGACAGCUGAGCAACACACACACACACACACACACACACACACACACACACACACACAGAUACGCAGACAGACUGAGGAUCACUGCUGCACAGAGCUGUCUUCACCGUCUGAGUCGUGUCUGGAUCUCAAGGUACCAUGUCUGCAGUGAAGCUGGAGGAGUGUCGAGAGCGCAUUCGCACAGAACUGGACAACGUGGUGGACUUCUGGCUCAAAUACUCUCACGACACUGUGCAUGGAGGCUUCUUCACUUGUAUUGGGAAGGACGGGAAGGUUUAUGAUGAGCUGAAGUAUGUCUGGCUGCAGGGCAGACAGGUGUGGAUGUAUUGUCGCCUGUACCGAUCCAUGGACCGCUUCCACAAGCCUGAAAUCCUUGAAGCAGCAAAAGCUGGAGGAGCAUUCCUGAGAAAAUUUGCCCGUGUCUCCAGCAGCAGUGGACAGUGGAAAUGUGCCUUUUGUUUAACAAGAGAUGGUAAAGCAGUCAAAGUUCAGAGGACCAUAUUCAGUGAGUGUUUCUACAUCAUGGCCAUGGAUGAACUGAGCAGGGUGACUGGUGACAAGGACAUGCAGUUGGAGGCUGAACAGAUGAUGGAGCAGCUGAUCUUCUGGGUCCAGAAGGACUCUUCAGGCCUCGGUCGGCCCCAGCUUCCCGGAGACGUUCCCACCAACGGCAUGGCAGUUCCCAUGAUGCUGUUGUGUCUGGUGCAACAGCUAACUGAAGGUCGCGGGCAGGAGGUGGUUCAGAAGUAUAGAGAGCUGGGCAGCUGGUGUGUACAGCAGAUUCUCCAACACAUUCAGAGAGACGGCACAGCUAUCUUAGAGAAUGUGUCACUGGAGGGAGCAGAGCUGCCGGGUUGCCAGGGCCGACUGCAGAACCCAGGCCAUGCCCUGGAAGCAGGCUGGUUCCUGCUUCAGUUCAGUGCAGAGCGGGGAGAUGAGGAGCUCCAGAGGACAGCCAUUGAUAAGUUUGUGGAGCUCCCUUAUCAGUACGGCUGGGACAAAGAGCAUGGAGGUCUCUUCUACUUCCUGGACGUAGAUGGUCACUGCCCCACACAGUUGGAGUGGAGCAUGAAGCUGUGGUGGCCUCACUGUGAGGCUCUCAUCGCCUUCCUGAUGGCCUACAGUCAAACCAAGAGGCCAGAGCUGCUCGAGAGAUUCUCUCAAGUUUAUGAAUACAUCUUUAGCCACUUUUCUGAUGCUGAGAACGGUGAGUGGUUUGGUUAUUUGACACAAGAAGGGAAAGUGGCCCUGGAUUUCAAAGGAGGUCCAUUUAAAGGGUUCUUCCAUGUGCCACGCUGCCUGUACAUGUGUGAGCGUAUUCUGGAUGAUCUGCUGGAAAACAAGGACUGAUAAUCAUGGGAUUGGAUCUGAUGUGUGGGUCUGUUCACUAAAUCAAACCACAAAAAUCAGGUUAUGAAGUACAAUUGUACUAAUAUUCAAAUAUGCGUUACUGUAAAGUUACUUCAUCUGCAUCCCGUCACUGAGCAGCUCAUAAAUUGUGUUGUGAAUCAGCUUUACUACUGUGUAUAACUGUAGUCUAUACAAA